AUAAAGAAAAUAAUAAUAAUAUUUUCAGUUUGGCAGAUAUUUGCGUAAUUAAAUUUAGAAAAUAUUGCAUACAGUAUUUGAAUCCUAUUUUGCAUAUCAUUGGAGCACCAUAACAGUAAAAUAUGGUUGCAUUACGGAAAUUUAUUCAACCAAACUUGUAUAGUAAUAUCCGAAAUAUUUAUACGGCCAGCUCGCUUCGGAGUCAUGAACUUGUGGUUCACAGAGAUAAUCCAGAUAACAAUGAGGGAACGCAUUUCGAAUUCACUAUAGAUAAUGUUACUCGAAUAGAAGCAAUGAUUAAGAAUUACCCAAGAGGCAGUGAAAGGUCAGCAUUAGGCGCUGCACUUGAUUUAGCUCAACGCCAAAUCGGCUGGGUACCCAUAUCAGCUAUGCACAAAGUCGCACAGAUGCUACACAUACCGAGAAUAAGAGUUUAUGAAUGGGCUACAUUCUAUACUAUGAAUAAGAGACAAUACCGAGGAAAGUACAACGUAAAGGUUUGCAAAACAACGCCAUGCAUGUUACGAGGUGCUGACAUAAUUAUACGAGCAGUAGAAGAAUCUUGUUGCUGUCGUGUUGGCGAACUAUCUCCGGAUUACAUGUUUGGUGUGGACGUAGUUGAAUGUCAGGGCGCAUGCGUUAACGCGCCUGUCAUAGCCAUAGACGAUGACUAUUUUGAAGACUUGACAUUAUGCGACAUUCCGAGGAUUAUAGGAUGUUUGAAAUCAGGAAAUAUCCCAACCCCUGGACCUCAGAAUGGAAGGUUCGCUGCAGAACCGAUCUGUGGGUUAACAACUUUAUGGCAGCAGCCACCUGGACCUGGUUUCAUGUUGCAGCCGGCUCUAAGCAGUCGUUAACAAGCAAUUACCAUUCCGUGUAAUUAUUUGAUGUAUACUUAGUUUUGUUGAUACCUAUAAACGGGUCUACUCAUUAUUGUGUGCGAGUGAAUGAAAUAAAUAAAUUUCUUGUGCAUUAAUAUCCGGCAAUCUUUAAUAAUAUUUGUUGACAAUUUUUAGGUCUGACCACCAUGAUAAUCAAUUAUUUUUGUGAAAUUAC